GGGACGGAUUCAUUCUUCUCGGCCGCUCUUAUAUAGAGUUGAAACCCUUUUGAAGCCCUAAUAAAUUAUUGGCCAUUGAGAAAUUGUAGAGAGAGGAAGUAGUCGAAGAGAACGAAGAGACAGAGGAAGAGAGCGAUGACGGAAUACGAAGCAAGGUACGAAGGGAACGGCGAAGAUCUCGACAACUAUGGCGACUCGCCUCCGCCAAGAGGUGGCAGCCAUGUCGGUGCCGAUGAUUACAGCGAGUCCAAGUCUCAGCAGGGUUCACGCGACUAUGAAAGGGAGUCUUCUAAAAGCAGGGAAAAGGAAAGGGAGAAAGGGCGUGAUAAAGAUAGGGACAGGGAUAGGGAGAAAUCCCGGGAUAGGGGCAGGGAUAGGGAGAAAUCCCGGGACAGGGAAAGGGAGAGGGAUCGAGACAAAGAUCGUGACCGCCAUCAUAGAGACCACUACAGAGAUAGGAACGACAGAAGGGAAAGGGGAAGAGAUAGAGAUGACGAUGACUUUCACAGGAGCCGGGACUUUGACAGGCGGAGAGAUUAUGACAGGGACAGAGAGAGCAGGCGCAGACACAGGUCUCGAUCUCGCUCGCCUGGUAAAUCAGAACAUAAAUCAAGAUCACGUUCUCGUUCACGCUCAAAAAGCAAAAGGAUCAGUGGUUUUGACAUGGCACCUCCUGCUUCUGCGAUGUUAGCUGCUGGUGCUGCAGCUGCUGCAGGUCAGAUCCCUGGGACCGCCCCAACUAUUCCUGGAAUGUUUCCUAACAUGUUCCCAUUGGCGUCUGGGCAGUUUGGAGCUCUUCCUGUCAUGCCGGUUCAGGCAAUGACCCAGCAGGCUACUAGACAUGCUCGGCGGGUAUAUGUUGGUGGGCUUCCUCCUAGCGCAAAUGAACAGUCGGUGGCAACUUUCUUCAGCCAUGUUAUGUCUGCAAUUGGAGGAAACACAGCUGGUCCAGGGGAUGCUGUUGUCAAUGUCUAUAUAAACCACGAGAAGAAAUUUGCUUUUGUGGAGAUGAGAUCUGUCGAGGAAGCCAGUAAUGCCAUGGCCCUAGAUGGCAUUAUCUUCGAGGGAGCACCAGUUAAGGUCAGGAGGCCUAGUGAUUACAAUCCCUCUUUGGCUGCUACACUUGGUCCGAGCCAACCCAAUCCCAGUUUGAACUUAGGUGCUGUUGGGCUAACACCAGGAUCCGCUGGCGGGCUUGAGGGUCCUGAUCGUAUUUUUGUGGGUGGGCUCCCCUAUUAUUUCACAGAAGCACAGAUCAGGGAGCUGCUCGAGUCGUUUGGGGCCCUUCGGGGCUUUGAUUUAGUGAAAGAUAGAGAAACAGGAAACUCGAAAGGCUAUGCAUUCUGCGUUUACCAGGAUCUUUCAGUUACGGAUAUAGCUUGUGCAGCUCUAAAUGGGAUUAAAAUGGGUGAUAAAACUCUUACUGUGAGGCGGGCCAACCAGGGCGCUACCCAGCCUAAACCUGAACAAGAGAGUGUACUGUUGCAUGCACAGCAACAAAUAGCAAUUCAGAGGCUCAUGUUACAACCAGCUGGUUCACUUGCCACUAAGGUUUUAUGCUUAACCCAAGUGGUCACUGAGGAUGAGCUCAAAGAUGAUGAGGACUAUGAAGACAUAGUGGAAGACAUGAGAAUGGAAUGUGGAAAAUUCGGUACUUUAGUGAACGUUGUAAUCCCACGCCCAAAUCCCAACGGUGAACCGGCUCCAGGGGUUGGAAAGGUGUUUUUGGAGUAUGCAGAUCUUGAUAGUGCCACGAAAGCUCGUACAGGCUUGAAUGGUAGAAAAUUUGGCGGGAAUCAAGUCGUGGCUGUAUUUUAUCCCGAGAACAAGUUUAGUCAAAGGGAGUAUGAUGGCUAGUUUUCUCCUUUGACUCUGCCUGGAUGUCAGUUCUUGGGUGAUCUUGUCUCUUUAGGAGAAACUUUCUUGUGGAUGAUUUAUUGUGAUUUAUGUUAUUAAUAACAGUUUAGCUGUUUCUUAAUUUUUUUGAUGGUCGUAUUCGUCUGUUUUUUGGUUUUUUUUGGUUGCUAUUUUGAACAAUAAUGUAGUAAAAUUAAGUAUCUCUUUGCAUAAAUGUGAAAAUUAAUGUGAGCUUGAAAUAGUA